UAUACCGGAUAAAAAUGUCGCACUAAAAUUACCGAAAUAAGAACUGGCUUUUGCCAUACUUCAUGUAUCAGUAACUAUAUGUUUAUUUGUCAUCGAAGCACGAUUUAAAACUUUGAUUAGAAGAAGAUGGAAUAUAUUAAAACGAAAUGUCAAGGACGUUUGCAGCUUGAAAAUCAUUUUGCUGCUACUUUGUUCAUCAAGGAAACAGGUAAUUAUCUGAAGUUAUCCGAAGUGACAAUUGCAUCUGCAUGUGUUUUGUAUCACAGAUUUAUGGCAGCGAUAGAUGACCUUAACAAUUUUGAUGCCAAUGUCGUAGGAUGUACGGCGCUCUAUCUUGCUGGAAAAGUCGAGGAGAAUCCGUGUAAACUGCGAGAUCUUAUCAACAUGGCGUACAGCAUUCUCAACAAAAAUAAACCACCAAUUGAUAUUGCCGAUAAGUACUGGCGUCUUAGGGACAGCAUAGUCAAAUGCGAAUUGUUGUUUUUGCGGCUUCUUAGUUUUAAGGUUGCCGUGGACAAUCCGCAUAAGUAUAUGCUGCACUAUCUGAAGAGCCUUGAAGAUUGGUGUGAGGAAGAAUCGUGGGAGUUAUCGCAGUUGCCUCAAAUGUGCUGGUGUGUGUUGAGCGACUUCUUUCACACGACGCUGUGUUUAGAAGAGUCUGCAGCGUGCGUUGCUGUUGCUGUCAUAUACCUUUGCGUCAUGUGCACUGGGUUGAAAAUACCAAUGGAGACCGCUGACAAGAAAUGGUGGCAGGUGUUUUGCGAUGACAAGACCGAGGAAGAUAUACAAGACAUUGUUGGCAGAAUUAUAAAAGUGUACGAAUUUGAAACAAAGCAAACGGUUAAGUAAAGCGAAGCUCGUUCACACUAAGAAAAGCGAGUUAUUGCGAUUCAAGAUAGAGAUGGUUUCGAGAAGUGUUCCAGGAAAUGUUUUGACGAAUAUAAGCGUGUGCAAUGAUCUUAGAUUUGUCAGGAACACCAUAUUCAAAGAACGCGACAGAUCAGAAGUUACAGAAGGCCGUCACCACUACCCACGGUGGUUUCUUUUGACAAGGACACGCAAUGGCCGAGUAGAGGAUAUAAAUGAUGCCGUCUCAUUUGCUGUGGAACAGGAAAGAAAUGUUCUCGUAUACCUACACAUUUCUCUAGUUUUGCUUUGAUAGCUAUAUGUCGUGAGCUAAUUACCACAUUCUUGGACGAUACACCCCAACACCCAAACGACGUGCUACGAAAGUGGGGUUCGAAUCCUUCGAGGGUCAGUCGGUUGUCGUUGGGUUCGGUGUGUUGAGCAUAAGACUUGCGGUGAACGAGUUCCGUGAAUGUCAAGAACAUAGUAAGGGUAGAUGAUAGUGUACACGAGGUGUAUUGUAGAUUUUUCGAGAAUGGAUUGUGACACUUGAACCAUGCAAUUACGGUGGAAUUACAUUAGCCAUGACUUUACCUUUAGUUAUUUACGUUUUAUUGAACUGUAAAAAGCUAAAGAGAACGACGCGCUCUUAAACUCGAGGAGGAGUGAUCACCAAUCCGUCACCUACCUGUACCACUCAGCCAAGCGAGAGAGAUGUGAUGCCAAUGGAAACUUAUCAAGUGUUUGACAGAACAGCAUUUAUUGCCUUUCAUUACAUAAGGCUUUAAGUAAUAAGAUCUUUGGCAAAUGCCUUUACCUCAUCAUUGAAAAGAUAGAACUUUAUAAAGAAUAUUGGCUUGCGACAAGUCGAGUGAAAGCAUUCGAAGCAAUAUAUGUAUUAUCACAAAGAAAGAAGAAGAAUAAAGUAUGCACAAUGUCAUGCAUUGCCAUGUGGUGAA